AACAAGGCUAACAUUCUAACAGGAAAUUCAAAAGUGUUUACAGUAACAUAAUGGAGGGCGAGGAGAGGAAACCUUUAUCUACCAGAAGCAAUACUAGCAAACUGCCACUGCCAGGUUCUCGCUUAAAGAGGGCCCGUAGUCCAGAUAAUGAGCCAGUUCUUUCUGGAAAAAAAUCACGUAUUGAUAAUGGCCCCAGUCAAAAUUUACUCAAUUCUAGCACCAGAUCAAUUUCUGCUUCUUCACUUUCUUCUGUAUCAACAACCACAUCUAGAAUUAAAAAGACAGGAUCUACUUCUAAUUUAAUGAAAAAACCUAUUGGUGGCCCUAUCACAAGUCGCAAUAUUCAAACAGUUGUACAGAAAAAUAGAGCACAAUCAAAAACUGUGUCGAGUACUGUGGCAAGGCCAAGAACAGCCCAGUCUGUUGUAGCUGUAAAAUCUAAUACAGCAAACAACAACCUAGACUCGACAGUUGUUAGCACAGGUGCUCCAAAGAAACGACCAGCAUGGGACCUGAAAGGACGUCUCCAGGAUAUGGAAAAUCAUCUACAGCGUCAAGCAAAAGACAGCACUUCUUUGCAGGGUCAGCUUUCUCAGUACAAUGAUCGUAUAGCACAGCUGGAGUCCAUAAAUCAGAAAUUGAGUGGAGAUGUAGUUGAGAAGCAAGUUGCCAGUGAAACAGCUUUCAAAGAUAUACAAGAUCUCAGGAACAAACUGAGUCAAGCUGAACAGGAAUUUGAAGUAACCAAAAGAAAACUGAAAAGGGAAAUAGAGGAUUUAGAGUUCCAAAAGUCAUCAUUGGAAAGACAAAAGUCUACUUUAGAAGGUGAACUUGCUGCAUCAAUAAAAGAACUUGGUGCUCUAAAGUGCACUUUGGCAGAACUGACUGCCUCUCAAGCCACAUUAAGAGCAGAGUUUGAUCACACCAAGCUCCAACUUGACAAUGCAUUUAGAGAUAUAAGUGAUCGCAAUGCAACAAUUGCUGAAAAGUCAGAAGUGAUUCGCUUAAAAGAACAAGCAAUUGAAGUUUACCAACAAAAGGAGAGAGAUCAUGAGACUGAGAGGAGGAAACUGCACAACACUAUUCAAGAGCUCAAAGGCAACAUUCGGGUGUUUUGUAGAGUACGGCCGCUGCUUGGGGACGAACAACUUGGCAACAAUGGCAUCAUUAGUCACAUGAACUUUCCUGAUAUGGAUAAAAAAAUGUUAGAACUCGAAAAAUUGUCAGAUAUUUCUGUUAAUGAGAGUGUACUGAAUUCUACAAGAAAUGGGAAAGGGGCAAGCAAAUAUGAGUUCUCAUUUGAUAAAGUUUUCCAACCAGAAACCUCACAAGCUGAAGUGUUUGAAGAAAUAUCACAAUUGGUGCAGAGUGCUUUAGAUGGCUACAAUGUGUGCAUAUUUGCCUAUGGCCAGACAGGAUCUGGCAAAACAUUCACCAUGGAAGGAUCACUCAAUGAUGAGUCUAAGCUGGGCAUGAUCCCUAGAACUGUGCAACAGAUAUUCACUACAUGUAAUGACCUGGUUAAGAAAGGAUGGAGUUAUGUGAUUCAAGUUUCCAUGUUGGAAAUCUACAAUGAAACCAUAAGAGAUUUACUUGGUAAAGGAAAAGAUGAGAAACUAGAAAUCAAGUUACAAGGAAAGGGUGAAACAGAUGUUUUUAUCCCGAACUUGACUAUAGUAGAAGUCAAAUCUGAGGACAAGGUUAUGAAGCUUCUAAUGAAAGCCUCCGAAAAUAGAGCAGUUGCUGAAACUAAAUGCAAUGAAAGAUCGUCGCGAAGUCACUCAGUGUUUCAGCUCAGAUUAACUGGCACAAAUAGCAUUACAGGCGAAUCUUGUAAAGGUAUGCUGAAUUUGGUUGACCUUGCUGGAAGUGAAAGAAUUAAAGAUUCUGGUUCUGAGGGUCAAAGGUUGACUGAAGCACAGGCAAUCAACAAGAGUCUUAGUAACCUUGGCAAUGUUAUAAUGGCCUUAGGGAAUAAGGACAAACAUAUCCCAUAUCGCAACUCGAAGUUGACUUACUUGUUACAAAACUCCCUUGGUGGUAACAGCAAAACCCUGAUGUUUGUCAACGUCUCUCCUAAAGAAGAAUGCUUUGCAGAAACUCUUAACUCAUUGCGGUUUGCUACUAAGGUCAACCAAUGUAAUAUAGGAACAGCACAGAAAAGAAAGUAAAGGAGAAAAUGAUCUCACCAGUACUGUUUUGAGGCAGCUUACAAAUGUUAUGAUGCUGUAUAGAGUUAAUGAAAUGAUUACAUUGGUUGUCAGUGUAUUUUUUAAAACAAAACUAAAGAUGCAUUACACUCUAACUGAAAUCUGUAUAUAGUAUAUUCUGUCCAUAGGUUUUAAGUGUAUUGACAGAACAUGUAAGAUAUGACUGUUAUGUUUAAGCACAGUAAUAACUAUGAUACUGUAAAGUAUUUUAGUUAAGAUUUUCAUAGUCGGACCACCCUGUGUCCAUUAUUAAUUAGCUUAUAUUGUUUUAAAAUUUUAAAAUAAUUUAUAUCCAUGAUGUAUUAUAUUCUGCUUUAGUCACCAAAUUUUGAGCAAAAAGAAAAAUCAAACUGGUGCUUUAUAUUUAGUACAUUUGAAUAAAUGAUGUGUAUGAUAAAAUAUUUACUCAAUAAUAGUGAUAAAAAUAAACAAAACCUUAUUUGCUGAAUCACAUAUUAAUAUACUUUACUACUUAUUUCAUAUCCAUUUCAUGUAUGAGUGUUGGUUUUUAAUGUUGUAUUUUUAUCGGACAAGCAUUUAACAGCAAUUCAAUGUACAUAUGUAUAUAAACAUUGUUCUCACUGUCUCUGCAGACUUGUUCUCUAUUACUUUCUUUCACACUUCUUCUAAUCUUACAUAUGACAGUCAUGUGACCUUCAGGAUUAUCAUAAACAUCC